AUUGCUGGCUCUGAUGUCUGGCAACAGAUACUAUGGAUUCAAAGGCAUCAAUGGUGUGUACUAUGACGACUGUGCUUGAUUGGCUUUGGGGGGGGUUGAUGGAUGUGAUUCUCUCACAGACAAGGGAUCUUUGAUGACUUUGAACGAAGAAAAAAAUUAAACUGAUUCCACUGCAAGUGAACUCUUAACUGCGAUAAAAAGCUAUUAACUGCGAUGAGGGGGUGCACAAAAUAAGGAAAAUAAUAAAAGAUGUGGGGAACAGGAUCGUGAUCAACAGUAGUUUGAUCCAAUGUCAUCAGAGGCAAUGGAAAACAGGAAGGAAAAAAUAGAAAGAUUCCCACUGCCGAGGUUGAAGAACUCUUAGCUGCACUUGAACUGUGGUGCAGAUGAAUUUAAGAGGACGAGACUCAGUGACCCUCCAUCAAAGGGAGGGGGCCAAAUAAGGAAAAUUGUCAAUGAUGUAAACAAGUACAGGACGAUCUUCAAGAUGAAAGACCAAUCUGUAGAGGGGUUUUAAAGCAGUAAUUCGCUUGAAAGUGGCUGACUACCAAAUGGUGCACUUUUGGUGAUCUGCAUGAGUGAGCAGCAGCUUGGGCAGACAAGGAAAAUAUUAGGAAAUCAGUGGAUGCCAUCAUUCCAAAAGAGAAGGAGGUACAUCUGAGUAAAGGGAAGUGGAUGAUAUCCAAGUCACCUUGUUAAGAAAAAAGGUUAGAAGAAAGGCAGAAGGGAAACAUUACUGUGGAUACCAACAUCUGUGGAACAUCUGUGGAGCACUGGAAACAAAGAUGUCGGGGAAUGAAAAUGGGUCCCAAGUCCAGAAAGAGAAAUGGACAAUGAUGGACCUAGUUAAUACACAGGUAGGCCCACCCUAAACCAAACCCUCAUUUUAAGCCACCCAAGCCCUAACCCUACCCUAACCCUAAAAAAUGCUUGUUUGUUUGCCUGUUGUCCCUGGGCAGGUAGAUGGAACGAUACAUUACAGAACAAAAUGUGGGUGGUCUUAUGGCAAGCUGCCAAUGAGUUGAACUCAUUCCACAUAUGUAUAGAGCUCCGGUAGCUGAUGUUACACAACCAAGGUAACGCCCUCUGGCAGGGUACUAAGCUGUUCACCUCUAUUGACGUAGACAACACACAUCAGGCAAUAUGUCAGGCAACUCUUUUUGCCGGAUGUUUUCAGCAUAAAAGUGAAGAAGGUGGAUAAAUGUUGGACCAUGUGGUGCCAAAACAGUCAGAGACAGGCUAAUGGGGAGAGCAUUUUUUACACAGAGAAAAAGUUGCUUUGUUUCCUUCCAGGUUCUUGUAAGCUUUCAGUGACUCUCUGGAGUAAGAUGAAGGGAACUUUAACAGUAUGGUUGAAGAUGCCAGGAUCCUACAAGUCUGUCAUAAUGUCCUCUCUGGCUAUUUCCUUUUGUGUAAAGUCAAGUUGUCAAGUUUUGCAAUGUUUCGGUCAAUCUCCAUGGAUUUAAAGUGCACAAUGGUGCAUAGGAACUGAGUCACAUGACAUCCGGAGCAGUUGAAUAUUUUUCAACAUUAAUAUUAGGACAAACCCAAGUUUUACCAAUAACAUUAGGGUUCACUCCAGGUUUGAAAGAGCCAUGGGUUGUGCUAUUGUUCAAGUGUAAGUGUAGGUCACAGUAAAUACUUUAACACGUCAAUCUGUAGAGGCAUUUUUCUGGAUGUGUUCCAAUAAGGUAAUUGAGAAGUAAUUAUACUGUAUGGUCAUUAUGGCAUUGCUACAAAUUGCAACAAAUCUAAUGAUGGACGUUUUACCUUUUAAGACUUUUGCACAGCACUGAAGUCAUUUUGAUGUUUCUUUCAUAAAACAUUUACGAUGGAAUGUCAGCAGAAAGGUGUUGUCCCAAAGAAGAGGCAUGCACCGGUUUCACCAACCAGUCGGUCCAGGAUUAUGGAAGAUGAACCCAAACCAUUGCAAUCUCCGCCUACAAAGAGUGCAAAAAAUGAGAUGCCACCACCAGAGAGGAGGUUCUUGAUGAUGCAAGAUUCAUCGUCCUGCUCCCAAUCCCCAGCUCAUGGAGCCUUCAGUCCUCUGAGAGACAAGACCGACUUUAAAGAUCAUGGUGAACACAGGGUUGGAGCAGGAAUCACAGAAAGCAAUCUAAAACACAAAAUAUGGUGUGUCAGCUGCCACCACAGAAGGAAGUCCUGCCUGUCAAUCAUGGUCCUGUGCCUCCUCCACAUCUUAAAAGUGUUGCAGAUGAUACAAUCAAUGGAUCAAAGAGUGGCCUCGCCUAUCAAGGCUACAUUCAUCCAGCAGCCUCUGCACAGGUCCAGAUGUCUACAAUGAUGCCACCAACAGAGGAGCCAAUAAGACAGCAGCUCUUUAAACACAAGCUUCUUCAGCUGGUUAACCAGCUGAAGAAGGCACAAGCUCAGCCAAGAAACUCGACAGAGCAACCAAAUCAACAGUUAAGUAACAGAGUGGCAAAUGCUCAGGCAAGAAACGUCUCACAACACCCAAAUCAGAUGACCAGUAUUACUGCAGCAGUGCAUCCAAGUCAACUGAACAGUAACAUGGUGGCAGAAGCCCUGGCAAGAAACAUUUCAGUGCACCCAAGUCAUCUGAACGGUAGCACGAUGGCAGAAGUUCUGGCAAGAAACAUUUCACUGCAUUCAAGUCAACUGAACAGUCGCAUAGCGACAGAAGCUCUGGCAAGAAACAUUUCAGUGCAUCCAAGUCAACUGAACAGUCGCAUAGCGACAGAAGCUCUGGCAAGACACAUUUCAGUGCAUACAAGUCAACUGAACGGCAGCACAAUGGCAGAAGCUCUGGCAAGAAAUAUUUCGGUGCAUCCAAGUCAACUCAACAACAUAAUGGCACAAGCUCUGGCACAAAACUACUCGGUGCAUCCAAGUCAACUGAACAAGAGUAUGGUGGCUCAAGCCCUGGCAAGAAACAUUUCAGCACAUUCAAGUCAACUGAACAGUACAGAUGCUCUGGCAAGAAACAUUUCAGUGCAUCCAAGUCAACUGAACAGUAGCAUGGUGACACAAGCUCUGGCAAGAAAUAUUUCAAUGCAUCCAAGUCAACUGAAAAGUAGCAUAGCGGCAGAAGCUCUGGCAAGAAAUAUUUCAAUGCAUCCAAGUCAGUUGAAUGGUAGCAUAGUGGCAGAAGCUCUGACAAGAAAUAUUUCAAUGCAUCCAAGUCAACUGAAUGGUCGCAUAGCAGCAGAAGCUCUAGCAAGAAACCUUUCAACGCAUCCAAGUCAUCUGAAUAAUAGCAUAGCAGCUGAAGCUCAGGGAAGAAACAUUUCACUUCAUCCAAGUCAUCUGAAUAAUAGCAUAGCAGCUGAAGCUCAGGGAAGAAACAUUUCACUGCAUCCAAGUCAUCUGAAUAAUAGCAUAGCAGCUGAAGCUCAGGGAAGAAACAUUUCACUGCAUCCAAGUCAUCUGAAUAAUAGCAUAGCAGCUGAAGCUCAGGGAAGAAACAUUUCAAUGCAUCCAAGUCAACUGAAUGGAAGCAUUGCAGCAGAAGCUCGGGGAAGAAACAUUCCAAUGCAUCAAAGUCAUCUGAAUAAGAGCAUAGCAGCUGAAGCUCAGGGAAGAAACAUUUCAAUGCAUCCAAGUCAUCUGAAUGGAAGCAUAGCAGCAGAAGCUCGGGGAAGAAACAUUCCAGUGCAUCAAAGUCAACUGAACAGUGCAGAAGCUCGGGCAAGGAAUGUUGCAGUGCAUCCAAGUCAUCUAAACAAUAGCAAGGCGGCAGAAGCUCAGGCAAGAAACUGGAUUCAAAGUGAUUCAUCACGUAAAAAUGGUAAAAUACAAAAGUUAGCGUUGUGCCAGCUGCCACCACAGUGGGCAACUCUGCUUGUGCAUCAUGAUGCUGAGCCUCAGUCAUACACAAAUUGUAUUGCAGUUUAUUCAAACAAUGGACCAAAUCGUAGCCUCAUCUAUGCAGGCUAUGUUUUUCUGCCCACUACUGCACAGGCCCAUGUGUUUACAUUGAUUCCACCAACAAAGCGGCAUUUUUUUCAACAAAACUUUCGACAGCAGAUGGAGAAGUUCAAAGGGAAGGAAGCUGAAGCACAAGCCCUAUUGUCAGUGCAUCCAAGUCAACUGAGCAGUAACACAGCGGUAGAUUCUGCAGCAAGCAGUUCACCAGCGCAAGGUGUUGUAACAGCAGAGCCAAGCACUGCGCCAAGCCAAGAGGACACUACGUCUACGAGUGGAGGUACAACACAAAAAUUUGUGUUGUGUCAUCUGCCAUCGCAAUGGAAGUCCUUGCCUGUACACCGUGGUCCUAUGCCUCCUUUACGUUCUAAUGGCAUUGCAGUUUAUACAAACGUACAAAACUGUGGCCUCACCUAUAAAGGCUACAUUUGUCCUACUGUACCUGCACCGAUUCCAGUGUCUUCAUUGGUGGCCCCAACAGAAAAGCCGAUGAGAGACCAGAUUUUUGAGCAGUUUUUACAGCUCAUGGAGAAAGUCAAAACUAAGGAGGCUGAGGCAGAAUCUCACCCAAGAAACAUCUCAGAGCAUCCAAGUCAGCUGAUCAGUAACAGAGAGUCAGACUCGGAAGCAAGCAGCUCACCAGUACAAGUUGUUGUAUCGUCAGAGCCGAGUGCCACGCCAAGCCCUGAUCCAGUUCUCUUUGAUAUGCCAGAGCCCCUUGGGGAAAAACAGAGACGAAAGUCCAUAUAGACCUGUUUUUGUGUGUGUGUGCCCCUGUGCAUUCUGGUUAAAGAUGGUGGAAGACAGAUACCUGAACAUCAAGAGCAGACUGAAGUGGAAGGUCAACAGCACUCCAGUAUAUAAGCUUCUUGAGGAAGCUGUGAUCAGACAGUGUUGCCAACUUAGCAACUUUGAGUAUUCAGACCCUGCUAGCGACUACUUCCAAAGAAGUGACUAGCGACAAAUCUAUUACCUACAGCAUCCAUUACAAUUACAUACACAUGGCCAAUUAUGUAAAUUGGGUGAUGACGUCAUUUAGAGACUUCUAGCGACUUUUAGGGCAAACAAUAGCUACUUUCCUUACUGAGGAGUUGGCAACACUGGCUGCAGAAUGCCGUUGAUGUUCUUCCAGUCUGUCGUGGCCUCCACUGUUCUUGGCCAUCAUCUGCUGGGGGAGCUGCGCCAUUAACACGCUUGAUAAGCUGAUCAGGGAAGCUGGAUCUAUUAAUGGAUGCAAGCAGGACUCUGAAGUUAUGAGGGAGAGGUACGAAACUGGACAAAGGAUAGAUGUGGGAAAUUCCAUAUAGGACUUUACAACACGUCUGCUUUGUCUGACAUAGGUCACUUUAAACUUUUAAUUAAUAAAUAGCAAAUUCUAAAUAGUUUAUUCCAGAUUCUCUUUAUAGGUGUUAAAUAAAGAGAUAUAUACAUAUUAUAUUAUAUAGAUAUUAUAUACACAUAUA